AUGUUGGUGCUUCUAGCUUUCAUCAUUGUCUUCCACAUCACCUCCGCGGCCUUGCUCUUCAUUGCCACCAUCGACAAUGCCUGGUGGGUAGGAGAAGAGUUCUUUGCAGAUGUGUGGAGAGUCUGCAUGAACAACACAAAUUGUACAGAGAUCGGUGACAACUAUGCCGACUACAGUACCUUGCAGGCCAUCCAGGCCACCAUGAUCCUUUCUACCAUCCUCUGCUGCAUCGCCUUCAUGAUAUUCCUGCUCCAGCUCUUCCGCCUCAAGCAGGGAGACCGAUUUGUCUUAACCUCCAUCAUCCAGCUCAUGUCCUGCCUGUGUGUCAUGAUUGCAGUUUCCAUAUACACAGACCAGCGCCAGGACCUUCACCAGAAGAAUUCCGAGCAGUACUACAGGUUUACCUCAGAAGGCAGAUAUGGCUACUCCUUCAUCCUGGCCUGGGUGGCCUUUGCCUUCACCUUCAUCAGUGGGAUCAUGUAUCUAAUACUGAGAAAGCGCAAAUAA